AUGUCAAUGAAUAAUAAAGAUGUUUUAAAUGAACAUCCAUCUUGUGAUCCGAUUUGUAUUUCCAAAUUACAAGAAGCUUCAAAUGCAACGAACUGUUUAACAGCUUCAGUACAUGCUGUUAAUCAUACUGGCAGAAUGACUUUUGCUAUUCUGGUGGUGUGUUUAACAGCACCAAAAUUAAGUAAAUCAUGUCAAUUAAAAUUUCAAACAAUAAUAGAUGAUGAUUCAUUCACACAUAAUUCAAAUCCAUAUUUUCUUGUCACUGGUGAUUUUAAUCAUGAUAAUUUACUCGAUAUCGUUGUUGCUAAUUCUGGUACAAAUAGUAUUGGUAUAUUCCUUAAUUAUGGCAAUAAAACAUUCGCAUCACAAAUGACAUUUUCAACAGAAGAUCAUUCUAGACCAAUUUCAGUUGCUACAGGUGAUUUUAACAAUGAUACUCAUUUAGAUAUUGCUGUUGCCAAUUAUGAUAGUCACAAUAUAGGUAUAUUUCUUGGCUAUGGUAAUGGUUCUUUCGCAAAUCAAACAACAUUUUCUACUGGUGCUUCUCAUCCUGUCUCAAUAGCUGUUGGUGACUUAAACAAUGAUCAUUGGCUAGAUAUUGUCGUUGCCAAUAAUGGUACGAACAAUAUAGGUAUACUUUUGGGAUAUGAAAAUGGCUCUUUUGGAGAUCCGAUAACAUAUUUUACUGGCUAUGAUUCAUUUCCUCAUUUCAUUGCUAUUGAUGACUUAAACAAUGAUCAUAAUCUAGACAUUGUAGUAGCAAACUAUGGUACUAAUAAUGUUGGCGUAUUUCUUGGAUAUGGAAAUGGGAAUUUUACACCACAAAUUAUCUAUUCAACUAGUCCACAAUCUGGUCCCUAUUCGAUCGUUGUUAAUGAUUUCAAUAAAGAUGGACAAUUAGAUAUUGCUGUGGCCAAUUCUGGUAAGAACAAUGUUGGUAUAUUUCUUGGUUACAGAAAUGGAACAUUUACAUCACAAACGACAUAUUCGAUUUCUCCUGGAUCUCGUCCGCAAUCGAUUAUUGUUGGUGAUUUCAAUCAAGAUAAUGAACUAGAUAUCGCUGUUUCUAAUCAUGACACAAACAAUAUUUGCGUUCUAGUUGGAUAUGGCAAUGGGAGCUUUGCAAUACCUACAAUGCAUUCCACCGAUACUGAUUCAAUUCCAUUCGCAAUGACUGUUGGUGAUUUUGAUAACAACAAUCAAUCGGAUAUUGCUGUUGCCAAUUUUGGUACGAACAACAUAUUGAUGCUUAUUGGAUAUGUUUUGAUGCAAUCAAAAAGUCCAACAGCCUAUUCUACUGGAAUCGGUUCACUUCCUUAUCAUAUCACUAUUGGAGAUAUUAAUAAUGAUACUAAUCUUGAUCUAGUUGUUGCCAAUUCUGGUACCGGCACUCUUGGCAUAUUUCUUGGUUAUGGGAAUGGAAGUUUCCAAGAACAAAUAACAUAUCCAUCAACAAAGAAUGCUGGUGUGCGUGGACUUAUUCUCAGUGAUUUAGAUGAAGAUCAUCAACUUGAUAUUGUUGUUGCUAAUUCUAAUGACGAAACUCUAGGAAUACUAUACGGAUAUGGCAAUGGUUCAUUUACUUCAGUAGUAACAUAUUUCACUGGAAGUCCUUCAUCACCAAGAUGGAUCACUAUUAAUGAUUUCAACAAUGAUAAUCAUCUCGAUAUUGUCUUUACUGAUCAAGUCAGUGGAUAUAUAGGUAUUUUUCUAGGAUAUGGAAAUAGAACGUUCGGAAAUCUAAUGAGAUUUUUUUUCGGACAUAAAUCACAAUUGUUUGGCAUAGCUGCAGGAGAUUUCAAUCAUGAUGAUAAUUUAGAUGUUGCUGUUGCCGAUUAUGGCACUGGUAAUAUCGGUAUCUUUCUCGGAUCUGGUAAUGGCAGCUUUACAUUAUUUACUCUUUGUUCGACUGGAGAUAAAUCGCAUGUGUCGUCGGUUACUGUCGUCGAUUUAAACAAUGAUACUUACUUGGAUUUUGUCGUCACUAAUUCUGCCACGAACAAUAUAGGAGUAUUUUUUGGUUUUGGCAACGGUAGCUUUGAUAAACAGCUGUUAUAUUCAACAGGCAUGAGUUCUGGAUCUAGUUGGAUUAGUGUGGCUGAUUUUAACAACGACGGUUCGCUCGAUCUUGCUGUCGCGAAUCCCUUGACGAAUAAUGUAGGUAUAUUGCUUGGAAAUCGUCAAGGAUAUUUUACUAAUCAAACAAUCUAUUUAACUGGUUUAAAUUCCAAACCAUACUCGAUUGCCGUUGGUGAUUUCAAUAAAGAUAAUCAAUUAGAUAUUGCUGUAGCCAAUUACGGAAGUAAUAAUGUCGCUAUAUUACUUGGACAUCCUAUUAAAAAUUCUUCAAAUCAAACAACUAAUGCAAUUGAUAAUAAUUCACAAGUUAAUUAUAAUAGUCAGUCGAAUUCUACAAUUACAGAUUGGCUCAUUAAUGAUAAACCGAUAUUAUUAGGAGAUUAUUACGCAGGUUUCCAAAGUCAAACAAUCUAUUCAACAGGUUUUAGUUCUAAUCCGUACUCUAUUGCUAUUGGUGAUCUAAAUAAUGAUACACACAUGGAUAUUGUUGUUACCAAUUCAGGAAAUGAAAAUCUUGGUGUCUUUCUUGGAUAUGGAAACGGAAGUUUUGCCACGCAAAUAAUCUAUCCAAUUGGUGUUGGUUCUAGUCCAGGUCAUGUUAUUAUUGAUGAUUUUAACAGAGACAAUUGGCUGGAUGUUGCUAUUACCGAUGGUAAUGAUGACAAUCUAAUAAUACUUCUAGGAAAUGGAAGUGGAACGUUUUCAACACAACUGACAUAUUUCACUGGUUCUAGAUCAAAGCCGAGUGCUCUUGCAGUUGGUUAUUUCAAUAAUGAUAAAUAUUUGGAUCUUGUCGUUGCUAAUAAAGAAAAAGAUACUAUUGGCAUAUUUUUUGGACUUGACUAUACAUUUUUCAAAAAUCAAGAGUCAUGUGACGCUGGCAAGGAUUCAAGUCCAGAUUCGUUGGCCGUUGGUGAUUUCAAUAACGAUGGUCAUUUAGAUAUGGUGACUACACUUUAUUAUGGUGGUAAGUUGGGUGUGUUUCUCGGCUAUGGUAAUGGCUCUUUUACAUCAUUAAGUACAUAUUCAGAUAUACGCUUUUCACAACCUCGCGCAGUCACUGUUGGUGACGUUAACAACGACAAUCAACUGGAUAUUAUAGCAGCGAAACGAGGUAUUAAUAGUAUUAGUGUGGUAUUAGGACAUGGAAAUGGCACGUUUGCAGAUCCUCUAUUGUAUUCAACUGGUCCUAAUACUCGACCACGUUCAGUGGCUGCAGGUGAUUUUAAUCAUGACAAUUGUCUCGAUGUUACUGUAGCAAAUUAUGGUGCAAACAAUAUCGGUGUAUUCUUUGGUUAUGGAAACGGGACCUUUCAAAACGUAAUAGCAUUGUCAACAGGCAAACGUUCUCGUCCAAAUUCGGUUACUGUUUUCGAUAUCAACAAUGAUACUCAUUUGGAUAUAAUCGUCGUUAAUAGAGGAAUUGAUCAGGUGGGUGUAUUUUUGGGAUACGGCAACACAAGUUUUACACAACAGAUGACUUUCUCAACUGGUGCUGAUUCGUCUCCAACGGUUGCUAUCGCUCGGGAUUUCGACAAAGAUGGAAAAGUAGAUCUGGCUAUUGCAAAUUAUGGCACAAGUAAUGUCGUUAUACUCUAUGGAUAUGAGAACGGUGCUUUUAGAAACUCGCGUAUAUUUACAACUGGUACUAAUUUUCAUCCAGAGCAGAUGGAAGUCGGUGACUUCAAUAAUGACAAUCAACUAGAUAUCAUCGUUAUCGAUAGUAAUAGUCAAUAUGUGGGUGUCUUUUUUAGUUAUAAUGAUGGAACAUUUGCCAGUAUAUCGUUAGUUCCCCUAGAAGAGAUUGCUUCUAGUAUAGGUUAUGUUGCUGUUGGUGACUUCAACAAUGAUACUCGCUUGGAUUUCGCUUUGGCUGAUUAUGGCAAUAACUAUAUUCAAGUAUAUCUUGCAAAUGGCACUAAACCUUUCACAGGACAAACAAUGUUCUACGAUGUUGAUCAAGGUGCACGUCCUUCUGCACUGGCUGUUGGUCAUUUCAAUAAUGAUAGUCAUUUAGAUCUUGUUAUCGCCAAUUAUGGCACUAAUAAUAUUGGCAUACUAUUUGGAUAUGGAAACAGAAUGUUUUCAAAUGUUAGAACAUAUUCGACUGGUGAUGGUUCUCAUCCUUUGUCGUUAACUGUUGGUGAUUUCAAUAACGACUCUCUAACAGAUAUUAUCGUUGCAAACUAUAUGGCUGAUAAUAUUAUUGUAUUUAUUGGCUUAGGUAAUGAAGAAUUUUUUAUUUUAACCACUUAUUCAAUGGGUCAUAAUUCUCAUCCAAUGUCAAUUGCCGUAGGUGAUUUUAAUAGAGACUAUAAAAAGGAUAUUGCAGUGACAAAUUUCGGUACGAACAAUAUUUGCAUUCUUUUUGGUUAUGAUAAUGGAACGUUUACUAACCAAACAUGGUAUCCAUUAGGCUAUGAUUCUCGACCAACUUGGAUAGUUUUUAAAGAUUUGAACAAUGAUACUUGGGAUGACAUCGCUGUUGCAACAUAUGGUAUAGACAAUAUAAAAAUUCUUUUAAAUCUUUGUUAA